GCGGCGGCGGCGGGAGCCGCACGCGCGUCCCGGCCUCUGUCCCCGCGGCGCCGCGGCCCCGGCCCCCUGCCCGCCCGGCCAUGCCGUCGCCCGCGCCGCCCACCGUGCUGCUGCCGUCGGAGCGCGCCGUGGUGCUGCUGUCGUGCGUGCUCUCCGCGCUCGGCUCGGGCCUGCUGGUGGCCACGCACGCCCUGUGGCCCGACCUGCGCACCCGGGCCCGGCGCCUGCUGCUCUUCCUGUCGCUGGCGGACCUGCUCUCGGCCGCCUCCUACUUCUACGGGGUGCUGCAGGACUUCGCGGGCCCCUCGUGGGACUGCGUGCUGCAGGGCGCGCUCUCCACCUUUGCCAACACCAGCUCCUUCUUCUGGACCGUGGCCAUCGCCCUCUACCUGUACCUCAGCAUCGUCCGCGCGGCGCGCGAGCCUCGGGCCGGCCGCCUGCUCUGGGCCUUCCACGUCGUCAGCUGGGGCGUCCCACUGGUCAUCACCGUAGCCGCUGUCGCUCUAAAGAAAAUCGGCUAUGACGCGUCGGACGUGUCCGUCGGCUGGUGCUGGAUCGACCUGGAGGCUGAGGACCGCCUGUUGUGGAUGCUGCUGACCGGGAAGCUCUGGGAGAUGCUGGCUUACGUCACGCUGCCUGUGCUCUACUUCCUCAUCAGGAAGCACAUAAACAGGGCGCACGAGGCACUGUCGGAGUACCGGCCCAUCCUCUCCGAGGCACACCGGCUGCAGCGCCACGCCUCCGUGGCCGACAAGAAGCUGAUCUUCAUCCCUCUCAUCUUCAUCUGCCUCCGGGUCUGGAGCACCGUGCGGUUCGUCCUGACCCUCUGUGGCUCCCCGGCCGUGCGGUCACCAGUGCUGGUCGUUCUGCACGGUAUCGGGAACACGUUUCAGGGCGGCGCCAACUGCAUCAUGUUCGUCCUCUGCACCCAGGCUGUCCGAACUCGGCUCUUCUCCCUCUGCUGCUGUGGCUGCUUCUCCCAGCCUUCUGCCGAGAGCCCGGCUGGCCCUCCCAAGGCUCCUGCAUCCUCCAAGACAGGAGAAUCCCAGGGAUCCGGACACACCCCAGAUGAACUUCCAAGCACCUGAGCUUGCCCCUUCCUGGUUCUGUGCACAGGUGCUGCCUACCUGGGGACACGUGCUUCUGUGAGUCCCAGCCGCAGAGAGUGGGGCAGGCACCCACUGGUGCUUGAAACCUUCUGCUUUUGAAGCUCUUGACCCCCCUUGUGGGGGAGUGACCACAGACUCAGCUGCUUCUACCUCCUAGACCCUCAGGUGGCACAGCCCCACUCCCACCUGUGUCCUGCUGCACGCAGGGGCACUUGCCUGCAUGAGGGUCGGCAGUGAGAUCGGUACGUGAUCACUGUCAGGUUGCCUACUACAGGGCCUUUGCACUAGCUGUUCCCACAGCUGACCACACACCACUGUUUACAAUUCGAGGGACCCACACCUAGGGGAAAAGCACAAAGAGAUAUAUAUGUAUAACAUGCACCCGUCCUAAAUAAAAUGCCAGGGGUUACCCCAGGUGCGUCCCCCAGUUAGAUGUCUCGAAGCUGAUUUUUGGUUUGUCAGAGCAUUGAGAUUUCCCAGCUUUUCUUGGAUAGCUUUGCUGGCCAGCAAAAGAGCCAGUUCCCUUUAACUAGGUGGAAGGUUCCCAUGAGGUUUCUGGGCAUCUGGUCUCCUUGGGACGUCCAGAUCCAACCCUCGAUGCAAAUUGCACUUGACUUGCCAGUCUAGGCUAGAACCCAGACUCCUGCCUGCCUCCACCAGUCUCUUUAAUACCCAGUUCCCUUCUCCUUCGCGAGAGCUGGAACAGGGACAGGAAGAGGCAUUGCAGGGAAUCCCAGUGGAUGUUGGAUGCCUCCUAAAGACUGGACGGGCGAGCUGGGGAGGGAUUUGGCUGAUUCACUUCCUGGCUUAGUUUUUCCUAGGCAGGGUGACCAGAGAGUUGGUGAAUGACCCAAAUAACAGAUUCCUCUAGAAGGUGAAACUUUGGGGAGUGGGUUGGGUGAAGUGACACACGCAUCAUGGGGUGAUUAUUUACAUUUAAAAGAAAAGGAUCAAAAAUAAACCCGUAUCUCUAUAGUCAUGGCUCUUCCACCAACUUUUUCCUGUUCCUUCAGAAAAACGUUUCUCUAUUAAGUCACGGAAGCCACUGGCUAAGGUGGCAGGUGUUAGUGUCGCGGCAGGCAGCUUGGGGAGGAAGAGUACAACUUCAGCCUAUCCAUGUCCCUCCCCUGGGUUCGGUCAGAACUCUGCCAAACCGAAGUGAUCUUCUGAACCAGUAAGACGUUUCUGGAUUAAAACCAGCGCCACCAUACUGUGGAUCCCCAUUUUAUUCUCCAAACCAAAAUCUGUCACAGGAAGAGAGUCUGAAAGAAAGAGUUGUCAACAGAGCUAUAUCCAAAAUGCUCAUUUUUGGUUUCCUUUUUUUUAAGUUUUCUUUAUGAAAAUCAGCAAGUGGUGAUCAUCCCCCUUACGACUCACGGUAAGCCCUGGGUGACCCUACAGAAAGCUACUUGCUGGUAGGCUGAGCUCCUUUUUUUUUUUUUUUUUAAAGAUUUUAUUUAUUUGUUUGACAGACAGAGAUCACAAGUAGGCAGAGAAGCAGGUAGAGAGUUGGGGGUGGGGAGCAGGCUCCCUGCUGAGCAGAGAGCCCCAUGUGGGGCUCGAUCCCAGGACUGCUCAUGAUGUGGGGCUCGAUCCCAGGACCGCUCAUGACCUGAGCGGAAGGCAAAGGCUUUUACCCACUGAGCCACCCAGGUACCCCCCCCUUUUUUUUUAAGCUUUUAGGUAAGCCAAUCUCCUUACAGAAAUGGCCAAGGUAAGAGGAAUCCAGGGACUCCCUAGAGACGGUGGGUCUUAACCAGUUAUGAUCAUGGGCCCAUAGCUGGUUAAGACCGUCACGUUAGCUUCUGGGACAGAGCCGACAUUCCGGAAAUUGCUUGCUGCAGGAAAGAAAAUGGUUCAGAGCUGAGUUAGCCUGCGGGCCACGAAGCCUGCGGUGAGAACAAAGCCUGCUCGGAAGAGAGCCCCAGAGUCUGGCUCAGCCGGCAGUGCUGGCUGCCCGGCCCGGCGCGGCUCCCACAGGACUGGCCAGGCCUGGAAGUCCGCCGGCAGGCCGCGGCCAGGGAGGCCUGGGGGCAGGAGUAGGGGCUCCGGAGAAUCCCUGGGCCUCUGGGGACCCCUCCGGUUCUCAUUCCUCUCAUUUGACGCCCCUGCUGUGUGCUGGCUGCUUUGGUCAGAACCACCCAAAAGUGACCCCCUGGUCAGAACCACCCAAAAGUGACCCCCGGGCUUAUUCCCAUCUCGGCUUCCCCGGCUGCCCGGCGCGUUGUCGUUGUCUGCGGAGCCCAGAUGUGUUACUGUGGUUGGUGGAGACACGUGGGCCGGAAAGGGGUGCGGUCGGCGGGGGCGGGGCAGAGGCGGAGCUGAACCUCUGUGGGGUUCAAAACUGGAAUGUGGUGGGAUGAAGUCGUGUCUUAGGAGCCCAGGAGGGGCUCCUGCUUCCCAUCAGAGCUUGGCUCGGUCCCGGCCCCGGGGGUUUCUUUCUCUUCCACCAGCCCUGCUGGCGACCCUCCCCUGCGGCCUCCCGGCGCAGGCACGGGCAGGUGCUGCCGCCCCAUCCGGUGUCCUCAGCCCGCCGCCCUCUCAGGCAUUUUCUGAACCUCGGUCUUUGAGUCAGGCACGUUCUGCCUCUCUGUGCUUCUGAGCUCUUUAUGUUUGUUUGUUUGUUUUGUCUUUGAAUAAAGAGUAUUAAUUGGCCUGGGGUUAAGGGUGCAGCACAGAGCUCCUCUUAUGUACACGACAAGAAGAAACAUUGUACAAGAAACUUUUUACAAACGUCCUGCCCCGGCAUAAUAACAGCCCGAGGUCUUUUUGGCCGGUGCAAAACUGUAUUGAAACCCUGGGUCGAAGCCAAAGUCUUGCUAUUUUAAAUUAAAUAAAAUACUUAUUUUUCUCUUC